GUUUAGUUUUAGUUUCGCUUUAUCAAGCGGUGAGAUCGGUCGUGUAACGCGUCAUGGCUUACAGUAGAUAACUAGUAAAUAAACAUCAAAUAAUUGCAUAACAACGCAAUAUCAUCGGAAUAUUUACAGUAUUAUUUGAUAACACUAUUGUAAUUUACCAGAUUUACCUCGUAUCAUUUUAGAGACGUUCGUUUAGUUAGUGUCUGUGUAUUUUGUUUUGUGACUGUGGUUAUCUUUGGGGAAAUGCCUCUAAAGGUUCAAACAGUGUUAGGAGAUGUAUCACCAAGCGCGCUGGGGCGCACGCUCACCCAUGAGCAUCUUGCCAUGGACUACUCGCACUUCUACAGCCACCCGCCUCCGCAACUCAAGUCUGCCCUCGACCACAAGAUCUCGCUCAACCAGGUCGGAUACCUGCGCCAGUGGCCCUACAGCUCCUCGUAUAACCUCGUGCUGAAUGAUAAAGAUGCUAAAGCUGCGGUUAAGAAUGACGUUGGUUAUUACAAGAAGUUCGGCGGAGGAACGAUAGCAGAAAACACAACGGAAGGUCUGAAACGUGACUUGGCAUUCUACAAAGAAGUGUCCAAGGAGACUGGAGUGCAUAUAGUUCAGGGCACAGGGUUCUACCUGGCGCAAACCCAAGGUCAGCAAGUUCUGGGGAGCAGCCAGGAGCAACAUUACCAGCAUAUGGUGGAUGAGCUGACUGUCGGAUGUGUUGAAGACAAGACUGUGAAAGCUGGUUUCAUCGGGGAGGUCGCUAGCAUUUGGCCUUUACAAGACUUCGAGCGCACGUCAAUCCUGGCGGCUGGCCUGGCGCAGGAGACGGUCGGCUGUGGCGUCAGCUUCCACCCGCAUCGCGUGCAAGAGGCGCCCUUCGAGAUUAUUCGCCUGUAUCUGGAGGCCGGCGGGAGGGCGGAUAAGGCGGUUAUGUCGCAUUUGGAUAGAACAAUCUUCAAAACCGACGUGCUACUAGACUUCGCAGCCCUGGGGGUCUAUUGCCAGUACGACUUGUUCGGGACCGAGGUGUCCUACUACCAACUCUGCGAGAGUAUCGACAUGCCGUCUGACGCUCAAAGACUGGACAUGAUGAAGCUACUGGUGGAGGAAGGGUUUGAAGAUCGGCUGUUGAUGUCGCAUGAUAUACAUACGAAGCAUCGAUUGUCGGACUUCGGCGGCCACGGCUACUCUCACAUCAUCAACAACGUGUUCCCCAAGAUGAAGAUCAAGGGCUUCUCGCAGCAGGUCAUAGACAAGAUCACCAUAGACAAUCCCGCAAAGUGGCUGGCCUUCUAGAAAAAUAUUUGAUAAGUGUUGCCAGUGUGGCAAAACACAGGGUGUAAUUUUAGCAAUGUUGCAAUGGAUAUACAGUCCGUAGUAUCCGUGGUUUAUAUUUCUUUCGGCUCAUUUAUAAAAUUUCACCCUGUUACAUCACCUACUUACCGCAUUUGUUAAGUCAAUGCUACCAUAAGUUAUAAGGAUUUGUAAUGAUGAUUUAGCAUUUUAUAAGGAAAUUAUUACGAAUAUUUUAUGAAUUUACUGUUACUAAAUUAAAAACAAGGUUAUUUUA